GCUGACAGGGGAGAGAAUUUUUUUGUUUGCAAACAGUUCUCAUCUCCCCCAGCAAAGAUGUGGAUUUUUUUAUACCUGCAAAGCAGGGAGAUAAAACAGUCUUAUCUUUUAGUGAAAGCAGCACACAUUACACUUGUUAAGUAUGCAGUUAACCCUUUGUUGCCCCUUGAGGUUAACCCCUUCCUAGACAGUGUCAUUAGUACAGUGACAGUAACAGUGUAUAGUAUUAUCACUGUAUCAGUGUCACUGGAGAUGUCAGUGUCAGUUAGUCAGUUCCCCCCAGUGUCAGAUUACCCGCUGCACUACCACAGUCCCACUAUAAAUUGCUGA